GCACUUCCGAGAAGCGCAAGGUGCAUCGCAACCAUCUCACGCGCCAUUUACUCUCUAUUCUUCUAUCGAAAUCGACCGCGAGAUUCAACGACCCCCCUCUGUCCGAAUCCUCCUUCUCGCAUAGUCCCUUCGUCGUGACAAUUCGACGAGACAGUGGGAAUAUCUCGCAUCGAUGGGAAUGUUCGCAACGGACGGAAAGAGACACUGGAAGAAGAGAGAACGGUGCUCGAAGGGAUAAAUCGUUAUCACAGUGAAGUGCGGGAUUCGGUGAAACGAAGUUGCUAACCCAGAAGGCGACGUCGUCACCGUCGGCAAGAUUCUGUCUCCCAGGUACCGGGCGAGUCCUGGGGUGGCGACAGAGGCACCUGCAGGUGCCCGUAGCCCGAAGGAACCACCUACGUGCACCGUGAUGACGGUCCAUCAUCAUCAGAAUCACCACGUGGUGGCACGGAGCGGCGUCACCGUGGCCAACAACGGCCUGAAUCUGAGCAGGAUGUCCGGCCUGGAGGCGCACCGGCUCGAGAACAUCGUCGAGAGGAACGGCGUCAGCGUGGAACGUUUGUCGAACGGGCUCGACGCCAGGAACAACAACCACGGUGGCAACAACGGGCUGGUAGAACGUGGCGACGCGUCGACCACCAUGCCGCAGAGAUCGCGAUUCAUGAUCACCGACAUACUCGGCGGUGCGUCGAGCAAGAUGCACCAGGCGGCCGGUCUGCAGAGCCAAGAGCCGCCCGGAAGUCCGCCGUCAACUCCGAGAGACCUCAGUGUCAGGCAUCAGUCGAGGACGUCGUUGAACAACAGCAAUCUCGACGAGGAUAGCGAUGCGAGCCAUCACGACGGCGCAUCCGUUACAUCCAAUGGUGGCAAGGAGGACGAUCCGAAGAGUUCCUCGUCCAGCACGCUCAGCUCCGCGCAGAGCAAGAAACAGCGAAAGGCGCGCACGGCUUUCACGGAUCAUCAGCUGCAAACACUGGAGAAGAGUUUCGAGCGGCAGAAGUACCUGAGCGUGCAAGACAGGAUGGAGCUGGCGGCGAAGCUGCAGCUGACCGACACGCAAGUGAAGACGUGGUACCAGAACAGAAGAACGAAGUGGAAGAGGCAGACGAUCGUGGGCUUCGAGAUAAUGGCGGAGAACAAUUUCGCGGUGGCAGCGUUCCAGCAGCUGUACGGAAGCGGAGCGGCGGCGGUCCCUGCGCAUCCUGCGGCAGGACGAUAUUGGCCGUAUCCGAGCGCACACGCGCUACCAACGAACGGUCUGUUCUAUCAGCAAGCCUCGGCGGCUGUCACCUUGCAGAAACCUCUCCCCUACAGACUGUACCCACCGACGAUGAUACUGGCAGGGCCUAGCAAUCCUCUCGGAUCUCUGACGGCGAGCUCCAGCCUGUCGAAUCUCAGCAAUUACUACAGAGACGGGCCGGAAAUGGCGGACGGACGGGACAGGGAGAACAUCGAGAGAUCGUCGAGACAGAGGGACAGAAGCAAAAGCCCGGUGCUCAGCGACAGGUCGCCGUUGAUGAAGGAGGAAAGACUGUACGCGCCGACGAUGGUGCAGCAACCCGGCUCGAGCAACACCCUUGGAACUCUCACGGCGAGUUCCAGCCUCUCGAAUCUGAGCAACUACUACAGAGACAGCCCAGAAGCGGUGGACGGUCGAGAAAGGGAAAGCAUGAACAGAGCGUCGAGACAGAGGGACAGGAGCAAGAGUCCCGCGUUGAGAGAGAGGUCGCCAAUGUGCAAGGACGACAGGCUCUACUCGGCAACGAUGCUCCAAGCGGGGCCUAGUAACAGUAUCGGCUCGCUGACCGCCAAUUCGGGCCUGUCGAAUUUGGGCAGCUACUACAGAGACAGUCCGGACAUGGCCGAGGGCAGGGAGAGGGAACACUUGAGCAGGGCGAGCAGGCAGAGGGACAGGAGCACCAGUCGUUCGCCAAAAAGAGAAGACAGCCCGCAGAGCAUAAGAGCGGACAGCGACGACGAGAGUAUAAACGACAUCUAGGGUACAGACAUCGUCGUGGAAAGGUUCGACGAAUCGAAAGAACCAUUGGGAUGCAACUACGUCGAGAUCGAGGAAGAUCGAUCGAAUUCUCUCGAGGAGGAUUGACCCCCUCCCCCCUUGGAAGAAGGUUGGCGCUUCGUCGAAGAGGGAGAGUUUCUUCAACUAGCGAGAAGUCGAUGGUACUUGAGCAGCUGAGGUCAGAGAUGAGAAAUCACGGCGCGACUUGGCCUUUCAAGCCAAGCUACAGUCUGCUACGUAAGUUACGUAAGCGUGU